UACACGGGCUACAUCGUUGGUAAUUGGUUGGCUCGUUGCCCGCAAUUACCAAUUGUGAUCAGUUCACCCGGUGCACAGGCGCCAUGCAAGCCCUCGAGCAGCCCACGAUGGCGUCGGAGCUUAGGGCGCUGGCGUGGACGACGCUCCUGGUCCCGGUAUGCACGGUCUACGCGCGCUCCGCUUGCCGCCGCCUCCGGCCAGGACGCGCCCGCCUCGCGGCGCUAUUCCCGACGUUCCCCGUGUUCGUCUACCUGCCGUGCCUGUUCAACUCCCUCCACCUUCGCCUCCUCUCCACCUUCUUCCACACGUGGCUCGCCACCAACAAGCUCAUCCUCCUCGCGCUCGACCUCGGCCCGCUCCACCCCUCCCUGCCCCUCCUCCCCUUCCUCCUCUGUGCCGGCCUCCCCAUCAAGCUCCGCGCGGCCCAGCAGCCCACCAAGACCAACGAUUCUGCGUCCGCGCCAGGUGGGCCGCCCAUGGCCGAUUUGCUCGUCCCCUGCGCCCGCAGCUUCCUCUUCCUCACCUGCCUCGCCGCGCUCCACCCGCACACCGGCCCGCUCCCGCUCUACGUCCUCCACUACCUCUACUGCGCGCAGAUCUUCCUCACGCUCGACCUCGUCUUCUCCUCGGCCGGGCUCGUCGCGGCGACGCUGCUGGGGGGCGCGGGCAUGGAGCGGCAGUUCAGGGCGCCGCUCGUCGUGGCGUCGGUGAACGACUUCUGGGGCCGGCAGUGGAACCUCAUGGCGGUGGACCUCCUCCGCGCCUCGGCGUACGGGCCGGUGCGCGCGCGCUGGGGCCGGGACGCCGGCGUGCUCGCCGCGUUCCUCAUGUCGGGCGUGCUCCACGAGUGCCUCUACUGGUACAUGACGCUGCAGCGGCCCACGGGCGAGAUGCUGCUCUUCUUCGCGCUCCACGCUGUCUCUCACAUCGCCGAGCGGUGGGUGAGGAUGGCCGGGCUUUGGCGGCUGCCCAAGGCAGUGGCGUACCUUCUCGGCACCGCCUUUAUGGUUGUCACCAUAUCGGAGCUCUUCUUCGGGCCGUUCGUCAGAGCUGGCAUAGACGUGCGCAUGAUGCAGGAGGCCGCGGCGGCAGUGGAGUCGCUUAGGGCCGUCGCUAAACAACUCAUCGUUCGUCCCUUCGUGGGGUCUGUUUCCGGUUAGAGAUCGACAGACCGCGAUUACAUUCGGCUGUCAGGGUAGGUUCUACAGAUACAGACGAGUGUCCCCGUAAAUGAAUCGUGAUGUGUUCAGAUAUCAGAACUGUACUUCCAGUUGAGAGGUUUUUAGAAGUUUUCGACAAGAUAUGUGAAGUUUUCAGCCGGAUAGUUCAAGCGAAACGUUUGGGCUGCUUCUUUGAACUAACACUAGCACAGUUGUUUCAUACCUGGCCUGAGUGCAUCGACGAGUACCAUAUCUCAGAUUGUGACACAUGGUUUGUCUGGAGUGGUUUGUCAGGACAUUUGGUUUCCAAUUUCAUGCACUCAUGUUACAAUGGAAGACUACAUUAUCCAAUUAAUACCGACGGGUGGUUUCAAGCUCAAACAACGAUUUUUGGUGCAUAUUUUAAAGCAUGAAUUCAAUGAAGCUGUAGACAAUAUCCCUCCCGACCAUGGAACGAGACGCUCUUGACCGCAUAAAAAAAUGGUUGUUCACCGAUUUAAUAUAAUAGUGGAUAAUCGUGUGGACUGCUUGUAUUUUAAUUAUGCCUUCUGA